GUGUGUGUGUGUGUGUGUGUGCGUUGCAUACCAAGUGAGAAAGUCGGUCACAAAAGGCAGCAGUGAGACACCGGGUGCACGCGGUCGGGUCACCUCCAUGUUUUUCCUCCAUCGCUGCGCAGAUCGAUCUUUGAACCCGAUCCGCCUCCGAUAGCGCUGAUCGAUCAGACCGCUUCUCCCGCAAAUAAUUCAAUCAGGCUGAAAGAAAACCGCGAACACGCGAAGUGCGCUGCCACUGUAGCAUGGAAGCAACAGGCUGCACGGAUUUAUUGAUUUGUUUGUACUUUUUCUUGUUGUGGUAAAAUGCGUUGCGAGCAGCAGAAGUAGCGGAUUAAUUUACUGAGGGGGAAACAGCAGCGAUGCCUCAUUUCAUGCGCUUGUUUUCGUGCCUUCUGGUCGUUCUCUCACAGUCUCACAGUAUAAACGUGGCUGGCCGGGAUGGAAACGUAUUUCUAGAGGAUAUUUUGCGCUUUUAUGGACAAAAUAAUUCAAUCUCAUUGGAUAAUCUGGAUAAUUUUCUGCUGAUAAUCUCAGACGGAAUAUCUCCUGCAACAACGGAGGAAAAUCCACUUGCAGACCUGGAAUGUCCCUCGGCUGAGCAGAUCUUGUCCCACUUCGGGCUCAGUAAUGUCAGUGAGCUGACUGCGGGACAUCUGGGGACAAUCUGCCCCGCUCUGUUGACCCAGGUGCUGCUGCCCUCCUGCCCUUACACCGAGCCCCAAGCUGUGCAGCCCCUCGACUACACCGUUUGGGGUUACGGGUUUCUGGCGGUCACCGUGAUCAACCUGGCGUCCCUGCUCGGCCUCUUCCUGAUCCCUUUCACCAAGAAGCCGUAUUUCCCCAAAGUGCUGACCUACUUCAUCGGCCUCGCCAUCGGGACGCUGUUCUCCAACGCCGUGCUGCAGCUCAUCCCGGAGGCUCUGGGGUUCGAUCCCAAACACGACAACUACGUGGCGAAUGCCGUUGGAAUAUUUGGAGGGUUCUACCUGUUGUUCUUCAUGGAGAGGGUGCUGAAAAUGGCGCUGCGGGUCGACCUUGAGCACGGCCACGGCCACUUCGCCCCCGCCGAGCUGCCGUCGGAAAGCUCCUUCUCCAACGGGGACCUGCUGGAGACAAAAGACUCCAUCGCGUUGACCACCGUCAACACCGUCGCCACGGGGAAGAGCAGCCCGAACCCGGAGGCCCACGUGACCUCAUCUCAGGACGGCGCCGGCGUGAUGUGCCACUGGCUGCGCGGGAAGCAGAUCUCCGACAUCAGGACGGUGGCGUGGAUGAUCACGCUGAGCGACGCGCUGCACAACUUCAUCGACGGGCUGGCCAUCGGCGCCUCCUUCACCGUGUCGGUGCUGGCGGGCUUCAGCACCUCCACCGCCAUCGUGUGCGAGGAGUUCCCCCACGAGCUGGGUGACUUUGUAAUCCUGCUGAAUUCCGGCAUGAGCGUCCCUCAAGCCAUUUUCUUCAACCUGCUGUCGGCCAUGUCGUGUUACGUCGGCCUCGUGUUUGGAAUCCUGCUCGGGAGCAAUUUCGCCCCCAAUGCAAUCUUUGCCAUCGCGGGAGGAAUGUUCCUGUACAUUGCGCUGGCAGACAUGUUUCCAGAGAUGGACAACAUAUUACGGGAGCAGAAGCGGACGUCCACCAAGAUCAUCUUUUUCCUGAUCCAGAACGCCGGGCUGCUCACCGGCUUCACCGUCAUCCUGCUGAUCACCGUGUUUGCCGGGGAUAUCAACCUGGGCUAGAAGGGGGAGAAGAAGAAUAUAUUUUAAAUUAGCGUUUGUUUUCCGCUCAGCUGGGCGGGAAAGGUGAAUGUUUUGUACAAACAAAAACCAAAAUAUCUAAAGGAAAAGCAAUGUAUCUUUUGACUAUCAAGUUAGUGGAAAAUUUCCACCAUAAAAAGGGAAAAACUUUUCAAUCGUCCUGAUGUAUGAACUCUAAUCAAGUUGUUUUUCAGGAGACAAUAAAUUUAUUUUUUCAGUC